UGUGACACGUGGGGAAAAGUAAUGGCGUAGAGCUACUCAACUGUCCAGUGUGCUCAGCCAUAUAUUGAAACUGAAACUGACACGUGGGAACGUAGCUCAGGCGUCUCUGAUUAUUUAUUGGAGAUAUAUAUGUAUAUAUAUAUGUAUAUAUAUACUAGAGAGAGGAUAAAUAUUGUUUCUCCUUUGAUCAAUUCAUUGAACAUUUUAGAAAAGAAAAAUGUCAGAAGUUAUUGAAGAAGAAAAUACAACGGACAGUUCAAAUGAAUCAAAAGAGACUGAGAACACUGAGAGUUGCAAAAAUUGUGGAAAAACAUGCAACCCUUACGAUAACCCAGCAUUACAUUGUAGUGGUGGAUGCAAUAAAAAAUUACAUAUAGAAUGUUUAAAAACAGGCAGUGUACCAAGUUCUUUCAUGGGAGACGUUUUUUUUGAGCUUAAUUGUGCCUCUUGCAGUUCAGAAGGUGAAGAAACAGUGAUACGUAAUAAGAUGCCAUGGCUCACUGUUAUUAUCUUGACUCUUUAUAAUUUGUAUAAAAAAUCAAGUGGUAUCAGUAACAGAGGAUAUUUUCAUUGGAAGUCUGACAUUAGUACUUUUGUAGAUAAAAAUUGGGAUACUCUGUUUAAAAAGUCUGUGAAAAAGAAAAAGAAUUGGAUGGGCACUAUUUCUGGCACACUAUCUCAUUAUGGUGGAGUAUAUUUCAAAUCUGGUACCAACGAAUUAGGCGAGUCUGGAUGGUGGAAAUUAUUGGAUACCAGUCCUCCUGAAGUUUUAAUUGCCAGAAACAAUAAAGUAAUACUAAAUAGAAAGAAAAAUUCAGAUACAAAAUUAUCUUAUAAGUCGUUUGUAGAUGGCAGUUCUGCUCUGUCGGACUCUAGUACUAUUUCUGUUGGAGGGGAUAGCAGUUGUAACACAGAACUGUUAAAGCAUCAAAGUUCAUCUACAUAUACUCAUGUUUAUAUUCAACCUACUGAGACAUUGUCUGAUUUCCUGUUUGAGUGUGAUGAGCCAAAUGAUUCGUAUACUAAUGACACACUACUGUACAAGGAUAACGUUACAUUGGCAAGUGAGAACUAUAUUUUCCCUGAUUUAAUACACGACUUUGAAUAUGAAAACACCAAUGUUCAGUCAGCAGAGCUCAUGGAAGGUUAUGAGUGGUUAUUCAAAACAAGCCCUCCAAUGCCAAAUGAUAGUAGUAAUGAAAAUAAAAAUAUAAAGGAAGAAGAGUACGACGAAGAUAGCAGUGACAGUCACGUCUCUGUACAAAAACAGCCUCCAGUUUCGUUAUUCAAAGGAACAAACCGCCGUAAAUGGCCUUGGGAUAAGAAACUUGCUAUUACUGAUACAAAGAUACCACGCAUGACGUACCAGGAGGAAGUAUAUUUGUUACAAAAAGUCAAUAAGACUGAUCUCUACAAAGCACCGUGCCUUGUUAGAAGGCUAUAUAGAAAAUUAGCGGUGCGUAAAACGAAAAGAGAAUUCGGCUUGCCUUUGUUAGAUGUCGAUUGUUUCGAAUCGAAGUCGAGAGCAUUCGCGAAACCGUCGAAAAGUAACGACCGGGUAUUGGAUAGAUUUUUCGUCGACGAUCUGGGAUGCAUUUUUGAACAAAGGCUGCAGGGUUACUGCGAACCUACGGCCGUACAUAGUCCGUAUACAAAUAGACUGUUGAAGCCGUUCAUAAGGCAAGAUACUUGCUCGCGGCCGUUAUGGUUAAGGAUCAUGGAAGAAAUGUGCACGAAAGUAAAUAAAAAUAAUCCAGAAUGGAGACCGCCGCCCAGAGCGUCUAUUGAUUAUUCCUACAUUAAACCGCAGCAUAUCCCGGCGAUCAACAGUCUCUGCAACCAAUUCUUCUGGCCUGGCAUAGAUCUGACCGAAUGUUUACAAUAUCCAGACUUCACAUGCGUGGUAUUGUAUAAAAAAUUGGUCAUAGGUUUUGCGGUAUUGGUGCCAGAUGUUGGAUAUAACGAAGCCUACAUUUCAUUCAUUUUAACACGACCAGAGUGGCGGAAUGCUGGCAUCGGCACAUUCAUGUUAUAUCACUUAAUACAAACAUGUAUGGGACGAGAUGUCACGUUACAUGUGUCGGUUACAAACCCCGCCUUGUUAUUGUACCAAAAAUUCGGCUUCAAAAUGGAGGAGUUGGUUCAAGACUUUUACGACAAGUAUAUGCCGCUAAAUUCGCAAGAGUGCAGGCAUGCUCUAUAUUUACGUUUAAACAGAUAGAAUACAAGGUUUUAAUCAAUUUAUAAAUUUCUUUUGGUUCCUCUAUAAAAUAUUUUUAGUACACAAAGCAUCUGAGCUCAUUCU